CUUCCAAAGUCGCUCCUUGACGCACAUGCUUGCAGAUAUGAAGCUGGGAAGGAACGUGGCGAGAACGUUUUUGGAUUAUUAUCGGCUGAACCCCCUGGUCGAGAAAGUGGCAAUUCCCAUGCCGAGGCUGCGGAAAGAAAAGCCCCCUCCCUACAAGCACCCACUCCUGCGGGGCCCAGCCAGGAACCACCCCAACGGCAAAGGGGACAAGAAGAGCUCCGUGAACCACAAAGACCCUUCAAACUCUUUUUAAGGACAUGGAGUCCAGGAGGUCUUGUGGAGGCAGGAGCAUGCAUUUUCUGCUGGGGCAUGAACUUAAGCACCCUUCUCUAGUUUCCAAGAUAAAGGGUGUGGGAUAAUGAAUAAGCUAGUGAAAGGGAAGGAAAAAUGAGAAACCUCACUGUCGAUUUUCCCUUUUACCAAUGGAAAAUCAAUUGUGGGCCUUCAGCCUAAGGCUCAGGAUCAAAAUAGGAGGUUCAAACCAACGGAGUACAGAUGCUAUUUUCCCCAGCACAGAGAUCCUCACAGCAAGAGGAAAAGCUACACGUCCCUUUUGAGAGGUUUGGCACAUCUCAGGUCAGGGCUUCUGAAGCCCCGUUACCUUUUAAAGCUAUAUACCUACCACAGGUGGUUACCUUCUAGACUAGGUGACGGUUGUUCACAGUUUUAGAAAUGCCCCGUCCAUACUUGCUGAUCCAAAACACCAUCAAUGACACCGACAACCCAAAGACAAAUGUGCUGUUGGGAACAAUAGGACAGAAUUUUUGAAAUCACAGUGGUCCGAGGCAUGCUGUCACGGUGUCUCUGGGCUGCAUGCAUUCCCCAGUGACCUGGGUAGUUGAAUUGAAACUGUAGCUCCAAAGACAAAAAAUACUGGUCGCUCAUUCCAAGAGGUCCGUCAUGGUUCAGAUCUCCAGAUCCUGGUGCCAGGGACCAAACCUGGCCCCUGAAGAGGUGGGUAUGGAUACUCUGCAAUGGGGGAAGGAUGACUGCCAGGUGAGGGAGAUGCAGAAGACAGGAGAAUGCCUCCCCCCGCUCCAGGCAGGGGGCUGAUAAAAUAAAACAGCCACAGUAGCAAUUCCCAAGGUGGGGGGGGGGCCUAAAUAUUGUGCAUUUUUCUAAAGAGUAAAGUGCCUUUGUAUGAUGAAUGGGUCCAGAGGAGUCUGCUCCCUUCCCUUCCGUGAAGCAGGCAGGCUGAGUCACCAUGACAGCCUGCUAAUUAAAAUGACCUCCUGGAAAUGAGGAUUCGGAGAUCGGGAGAGGAAGGAAGGCUCAGGGGAGAUAGGGCCUUUAGCACAAAGCUCCAGUUAAGCAUUCUUUUGCGUUGGGAUGGGGGAUUUUUGAAGUUUGUUGCAAAAACUGAGAGCAAAGCUUAUUCUCCCUUUGCUUAUUGGUUUUCAGAAAUGAUAACAAAGAACCAUAUGUUAGUUGGCUACAAAUGUUGUGUGGUGUA